AAAAGAGCUGAGAGCACACAAAGAGUGAGCGCAGAGCAGCUGAGAGGUGCCGCAUAAGAGUCACAGCGCACUACAAAAACAUUUUUUUUAAAAAGGACUGGCAAUAAAAACAGAUAAAGAAAGAGACUACCAAAAAGAAAGCAUUCACUCCGUAAAGCAGCUGCGGACCGGACUUGAGCAUGGAGCAUCCACGAUGGUUGUCGGUGCUGCUGGUGGCGUUCAUUUCCAUCCCGGCGUUGGGGUCCGAGUGCUCCAUCUGCAAAAAGCUCAACAACGGGAGACUGCUGGACUGCCUGGAAGUCUGCAAGUCAGCGAGUCAGACCGAGUGUCCAGAUCUGGGAGAGUUGGUCCUCAACAUCAGCGGGGAAAAUAAACUCCUCCCCCGCCUCGUCAGAGUCAACUCGUCUCAGACGGAUGGCAAAGUUAAAGCCGAAAAGCGGCGCUCCUACCUGAUGGAGCACUUCCGCUGGAGUAAACCCCACAGGAACAAGACCAAAGAACCCAGAGCGGGGUCUCACAGUGCCAAGCGGGGCUAUUCCAUGGAGCACUUUCGCUGGGGUAAACCCCCCAGGUACAUGACACCUGGAAGCAAAAGCUCCAAGAGAAGCCCCUACGCGAUUGAGCAUUUCCGAUGGAGCAAACCCUCCGGCGGCAAACGCAAACCGGUCAAGAUCUUUUCCUUCCCGAUGGACAACGGUGGUUCCCCGGAGGCUAUUUUCCACCCUCAGUCUCGCAGGCAUCUGACAAGCAAGGAGGAUGUCAAUCAGAUCCAGGCGAGACCACAGGGGAUGAAGACGCGCCUACCAAGGGGGAGUCCACAGAUCGGCAAUGUCGAUGCCAAGAACCCUCCGAGAACGCUGGUCGGCAUCUUCAAGGGCAUUCUUCUGAAUGAUGUGCAAAGGAUAAUGGGCUGAGUUUGGAGUCCGGAGGCUUGACUUUUGCAUGGUUGCUAUCAAUAACUACCCAGUUUUCGUCAUUGGCAUGUUUAAGGACGAUCAAGCAUGUAUCAUCAAGUAUGUCCGAGUGCUGUUACUUUUCUUUGUUGUAAAUCUCCUUAAUAAGAUAAUGCCAUUGUUUAAACCAUGGCUGUCAAACUUCUGUUCAAAACUUGUUAAAAUGAUAAUAAUCCAACAUAGAGAGGCAAUCGCUCGCAUGUAGGGUUCCCCCACAGAAUGCACAGUAUUAAGUACGGGACAAGAAGUGGAACUGUUUACGGGCUAGUCCGUAAACAAGCGCAGCGCAGCUACGUUUCUGGCUGGCAGACAAAAAUUAAAACCGCAUUUCAACAUUUUAUCACAGGCACUUUAGAUGGAGCCAACUGCAUAACAAAUUCUAUUAUUAGUGUGUCUAUAGCACAGUAAUUCACACUGUUCAAACUGCAAUUGUCACAUUUAAUAAAAUCUGUUCUUACUUAGACAGAA